AUGUCUGUAGGCAACAUCACCCCUUGGGGGUCAUCAGAGGCGGGGGAGGAGGUCUGGGUAGCAACAGGAGUAGAGGUGGAGGGCGCAGAUCUGCCCACCUCAGUUGCCACCAAGGUGCGAGUGGGAGUGACUGUCGUGCUGUUUGUUUCUUCGGCUGGAGGAAACCUGGCCGUGCUGUGGUCAGUGACACGACCGCAACCCAACCAGCUCCGUCCCUCUCCGGUACAAGGACUGUUUGCCCAUUUAGACGUUGCCGACUUACUGGUCACUUUUGUGGUUAUGCUCCUAGAUGCGACCUGGAAUAUCACUGUUCAAUGGCUGGCCAGGGACAUUGCAUGUCGGACACUCAUGUUCCUGAAACUAAUGGCCAUGUAUGCCACAGCUUUCCUGCCUGUGGUCAUUGGGCUCGACCGCCAGGCAGCUGUACUCCACCCGUUUGGGCCGCACUCAGCUGGAAGGAAACUUCUUGGGGUAGCCUGGGGACUCAGCUUCCUGCUUGCCUUGCCCCAGCUGUUCCUGUUCCAUACCGUCCGACGCGCUGGUCCAGUUCCCUACUGUGUCACCAAAGGCAGCUUCAAGGCUCGAUGGCAAGAGAUCAUCUAUAACCUCUUCACCUUCUGCUGCCUCUUUCUGCUGCCACUGACUGCAAUGACCAUCUGCUAUAGCCGAAUUAUCUGCAGUGUGUCCACUCUUCAGACAAGGAAGGGGAACCAUGCCCCUGCAGGUAAAUUUGCCCUCCGCCACUCCUCAGACAAUCGCUCCCGUGCUCGUCAUCGGGCCCUACGACUGGCCCUACUUGUCCUGCUGACCUUCAUCUUCUGCUGGACACCUUAUUACCUUCUGGGUCUUUGGUACUGGUUCUCUCCCACCAUGCUAACUGAAGUGCCUCCUAGCCUCAGCCGCAUCCUUUUCCUCUUUGGCCUUCUCAAUGCUCCUCUGGAUCCUUUCCUCUAUGGGGCCUUCACCUUUAGCUGCCGAAGAGGGCAUCAAGAACAUAGUAUAGACUCCUCCAGGGAAGGAGGUUCUGGAAGAGUGUCCCAACAGGAGAUUCAAGCUCUUAGACAGAUGGAAGUACAAACAAAUUUGGCAGUAAGAAAGGCAGGAGAGAAAAAAAGAGACAUUUCUAUGAUACCAUUUGCUCAGGACAGCCUAUAUAGGAACAGAAGGAUUAUUCCUUACUGUCAUGAGAACAUCUUACUUCUACCCCUGCUCUCUUAG